GCCGUCGAUAACUCGGUGUAUAUUCGACAUGUUCGAUAUUGUCGAUAUUGGUCGUUUUUCUGUCUAUUGCAUCAUGUAGAUUUCGUCACCAAGUAGCCUUACAAGCGGCAGUCAUAAUCUACCACUUCUGCAACAUGGAUGAUUUAUUUAGAUCGUUCUUCGGGCUUUCCAGGCGUGGAAACAAUGAAAGGGAUUACUUUGGAGAUAUCUUCCAUGGGACACCACACUUUGGACAAUCAGAUUCCAAUGACAUUGAUGAUGAUGAGUGUUGCCAAGGUGAUAUUGGAGAAGAGGGUGAAAUGAUAUUUGGAAGUGUACCAGGCAUGCCAGAUGUCAAUACACAAUUUGACUUCAGCCAGGCUGAUGAUAUGUUCCGACAUUUUGAGGAGAUGUUCAAGACAUUUGGGAUGGUGGAGUUGCCUUCCUCAAGGCAUUUUGAAGCUGGACCUGACGGAAACAGUAACCUUCGGGACAGAAUGCUUAAAGAUGGGGUUGAAGAUGCCCCGGACAAUAAAGUGGACACUCUGCCAUCAGACAAGAGGACUGAUACAUUUGAAGCCCCUUCUAUAUUUGGCAACAUAUGGAAAACACCAAGAUGGGACAGAAUUCGACCUGAUGACAAAAUUGACAAAGAUCUAGAUGGUGAACUUGGUAAGGAUGACUUCGACCGAAUUGCUUCAGAAUCAAAGAAAUCUGAACCGAGCUCUUCAGUUGUCAUGCCAUCAGGAACGACGUGGGGAUUCUCAAAGAGUGUGUCAGUGAGAUCAACCAGGAGAGGUGAUGGGACUGUAGAACAUGUGAAAACAGUGAGGAACAGUGAUGGCAGUGAAGAAAAAACUGUCACCCGAGAAAUCGACAACAAGAGUUAUUCUGUUGUUACCAAGAGGAAUAAAGAUGGCGAAAAAGAGAAGAUGGAAACAUUUCGCAACAUUGAUGAAAAGUCAUUGGAAGAUUUCAACAAGAAGUGGACCGAAUCGGGGCAGAGAUCCAUAUCUCACAACGAGUUAGUGUUGUCAGAUCACCAAGAUAACGAAUCAAAAUCCAUGUUCUCUAAAUUCUUUGGCUCACUACCGGGAUUUAGGAGUUCCUGACACAACGAGUCUGAGACAGAUAGAACUGAGAGUGAAAUUGACCGGAUUCUUGGUAUUAUGGAGAAGAUUGUGAAUCUGUUAGAAUACUUUGUCAUUUGCAGAUAACUGUGUUAAAGACUAAGAGACAAACUGUGCUGAACUUGUGCAAUUAUUGGAUAUCAAAAGGAUUACAUGGUACAUUUUUGGACGCUCUUUUCAAUGAUAUGCUAGAUAAUAAGUUUGGAAAUAUUGGCUAUAAGAACUAACUGACGUUGUUGUCUAACAUAAAAUGUCCAGUAGACACCAAUAUAGGUCAUGCUUUGUAGAUACUGUUGUUGCCUUGAAUUGAGAUAAAUGUGAUGAA